AUGACUUCUCCUGAUGCAAACAUCGAUGACGAGGAUCUCACUGUACACGCAUGCUGCGCGCCCAUCCAGAACUUGGUUCGACCUAUUGAUUUCAGUGAACUAGAUGAGGGAGAACGACCCUUCUUUCACUGGCCUAUCUUUGGCUUAUGUGUAUACGAUGUAGCUUUCCUCUCAUAUCUUCGACUAUCAGUUUAUAUGGCCAUCGUCUCAGUAGCCAUCACGCUCUCAUUCCAUCUCAAGAAUGAGGCUACACCGUUGGAACUACGCAUGGCGAAGCCGCUCGGUACGAUAUUCUGGGCUCUUUCUGUUAUGACGCUCUGUGCGGGAAUGGCAAAUUACAUAAGAACGGUAAACAAGUACAGUAACCGGGCCGCCAUCGUACAGAUUGGUUGGAAGACACAUGCGGUAUUCAGUCUCACGGCUGUAUCCAUCAUAGGAACGUGUAUCAUCCUGCUAGUCAUUGCCAAAGUCCGCGAGUCAACCUCCAAUGCGUAA